GACUCACGUAAUCACUCUUGAGAACAAUGUGCAAGGGUAAACCUUCCCAGUCAGGCCAUCCUGUUAAUGCCCUUAACUGCUCAGAGGAUCCAAGAAGCUACAGAGAUGUCUACUGAGCUUCCUGCAACAACAGUGGCGGCAGAAAUGGACCCUUUCACAGCCUCUGAGAAUAACAUUUCCACCUGUGACUUAUACGAGCACAAAGACACAGCACGGAUAUUACUGUCUGUCUUCUACGGCUCCAUCUUGAUCCUUGGGGUGCUUGGAAACACCAUUGCCCUCACUGUCAUUUUUAAAAACAGAAAGAAGAUCAACUCCACUACCCUGUAUUCAACAAACCUUGUCUUCUCUGACCUGCUGUUCUGCAUUGCCUUGCCAACCAGGAUUGCCUACUACAGCCUGGGCUUCCACUGGCCCUUUGGAGAGGCGCUGUGCCGAAUCACCGCGCUCCUGUUCUACAUCAACACCUACGCAGGCGUCAACUUCAUGACGUGCCUGAGCAUUGACAGGUUCUUCGCUGUCGUCCACCCCUUCCGAUACAAGAUCAGAAGGAUUAAAUAUGCCAAGGGCAUCUGUGUCUUUGUCUGGUUUCUUGUAUUCAGUCAAACUUUCCCAUUACUUAUACAAUCCAUGUCACAUGAAGAAAAUGAAAGGACUACAUGUAUGGAAUAUCCAAACUUUGAGAAAAUAGAACAUCUACCAUUUAUACUUCUUGCUGCCUGUUUAAUAGGGUACCUUAUUCCUCUGGGGAUUAUUCUAUUUUGCUACUCUCAAAUCAGCUGCAAACUUUUUCAAACAGCCAAGGAAAAUCCACUGACUGAAAAAUCAGGGAUAAACAAAAAAGCCAUCAAUACAAUCAUAUUUGUAAUUAUAGUGUUCAUCAUCUGCUUUACUCCUUAUCAUGUUGCAAUCAUACAACACAUGAUUAAGAAACUUCAGCGAGAACCCUUGUGCACUGAAACGAAAAUUUUCCAGAAGUCACUCCACUAUACUGUAUUUCUGAUGAAUUUUAACUGCUGCCUAGAUCCUUUCAUCUAUUUCUUUGCAUGCAAAGGAUACAAGAGAACUGUACUGAAAAUAUUGCGACGACAAGUGAGUGUAUCAAUUUCAAGUGCUGCCAGGUCACAUCAUGAAGAAAGCUCCCGUGACGCAGGAGAAACACAAAUGACGGUACUUGCUAAAUCCUCCAAUGGAAAGCUACCUGAAAAAUAAACCCUGUAGUACACCACAGUGAACCAAGACUAAAAAUCCAGGGUCCACAGCACAAAUUCUUAGUGCUCCCCUACAGCAGCUUAAGUAAAAUUCUGUUUCUCAGGAUGUCAGAGAAUCAAGGAGUGAAGGACUGAAAAAGAUUUGUCACAGGACAGCAGGAAAACUCAGCAUUAUAAUCUUCUUGCUAUAUCCUUUUGACCGAUCUCUUAUUUUUUCCAGGAAAUAUGCACCAUUGAGGAUGUUCAGAUUCCAUGCUGCACAUACAUAUGCCUGGAUGUUACUAACUCAAGCAGAGCCAAAUCACAGUUAGGAUUGUGCACAAAUAUAGCUUACAAUUCAACCAACUACAACCAGAACAUCUGAAAAUUUCAAGACCUCUAGCUGAGCUCCAAUUAGAGCAAUGGUUUUGUUGGCCCAGUCACACAGACAUAGGAAAUAAAAUUUUGAGAUAAAAUGGA